AUUACAGAGUGAGAGUCAAAUACCCUCACAUUAUACCAAGAAGGACAAAGCAUUCAGCUUGUUAACGGGAUGUAUUAAAGCAAUGAUGUUAAACGCGGGUGUUAAAUAAAGUUCAAGCGUUUGUCUUCAAACCAGGUCAGUGCCACACUGUUUACGUUUAUAUUGGCGUUGUGUAUUUCUGAAGAGGCGUCUGCUUCAAAUAACACGUACGCACAGUUUUAAAACACGCUGACGGAGGAGCAAGUGUUUAUCCUAAGAUGGCCGAAUCUUCACCAGAACGCUUCAAUGUCGUUGUGGCUAUGGACGGAAGUGAAUACGCCAAGUUUGCAUUCGAUUGGUACGUGAAAAAUGUUCAUCGACAUGAUUUCCAUGUGAUUUUGGUACACGUGAUGAGCAUGGAAAGUGCAGUUCACAACGCUGAGUGGUACAAACCAAAUGCAUCUCCGCAUGGAUAUGACACGAUGCUCCUAAAGAAACUGAUAGAAGAAGAAAAGGAGAGGAUCAGAGAAAAGCUGCAGGUGUUUGGUGAGCUACUGAAACAGGCAGGGAUAGAGGGAACCGUGAAAAGCGUUCACGCUGAAAAACCCGGUGCGGGCAUUAUUCAAGCCGCUGAACAGUGCCAUGCAAAUAUGAUAGUAACAGGAUGCAGAGGGCUCGGAAAAGUACGCAGGACACUUAUGGGUAGCGUCAGUGAUUAUAUUGUGCAUCAUUCAGCAGUACCAACAAUGGUAUGUCGACAUCCAGACGAUGAACAUAAACAUGGCAAAAAAUAGUCCCAGGAAGAUGUUAAUGAAGUGUAUCUAGGAGUAAAAUAGCAAUAUGUAAUUGGUGUAUUUAACAGAAUGUUAUAUAUUGUAUUGUGUAUUCUUAUAAUACAGACACAUUUAUCUACGACCCAACAAAGUGUUUGUGUAUCGUUUUAAGUUAUGCUAAUGUCAUAUGUGUUCAAUUUUAAUGUAUACUUUACAGGCAAAUGUUUCCUUCAUCCCAUGAACUAGUAUAUUUGUACUUGUGCGUGUUAUAUUUGAAACAGUCGAUAUCUAGAUGAAGUAAUACAACACCUAUCCUGCAAAAGUAAAGAUACAGAUUUGCUUGGGACAUAUCUUAACUAUCAGAUAGAUUUAAAACGUCCAGAAGAUUAACAGAUAAGAGCUGUGGUACUGGCAAAUUUGGUAAAAACAAACGAGAUUCAUUAGAUAAUAUCGGUCCAUAAAAUUACCGUCACCUGUUUUCACUUAUCGUAAUAUGUAUUUGCUUCGUAAAUUAUCGUAUACAGAUAUGUAUUUAGUACAUAAGUACCAGUUGCCGCAGGAUAAUUUCCUGUUUAAUUUUUUUAAAUUAGCAUACUCUCAUUAGUAAAUGGAAAUUUUUAAUCACCAAGAAAAGCACUUGGUCCUACCAAUGACUAUUAUUGGAUUAGGACACAGUUGAUUGUCAACAAUUUCUAACCAAGUGUAAAUACAUUCAAACAAAACGCCUUUAAUGUAACAUUGUUUCCUUGACAUUCAACGUUCACAGAGGUAAUGUCUUGUUUACAAAAUGGCAUCGACCAAGACUUAGUAUUAGAAGGUUUUCAUGGUGAUAUAAAACAAUGUAACAAACUAAAUAAAUAUGUUUGCUUUGAUUGAUGUAUGAAUAUGAAAUGUAGUAACUAUACAUCGAUAAUGAAUGUAAUAAUAAAUGUUUUUUCCACUUUCA